CCAAAUAAAUGUUCGUAGUUUUACAUAGCUUUUGGGUAUAGCUUUUGACAUAUGUUGGUAGAAUUAAUGAAUAUUUUUAACAGGUUCAUGACUACUGACAUGUUUACUUCACAAGACACAAAAUUUAGAGCUGCAAGCUUUUAACUUUUUUGUACAAGAUUUUUGACACCUAUUGAUUAAAACACUGAUGAUUUUUUUGUGUACAUGUGUGCAUAAACUAUUCAUGGAUUAAUAUUUUGUUUUACUUGUAAUUCAGUGCAAAGAAUGGGGAUUCCUCCUUCGGAAAAUGUUUGGGAUGCACCUGGGUACAGGUGGCUAUCUUCACCAACAGUGGAACACAGUGCAAUGCUGUUGAGAGGUUUCAGGUCUUUUGCCAAAUAUUCUGGUCAGGGAUUUGAAGCCUCUCAUAAGCUCCAUCGCCAGCUGUACUCAAAAGCAUCAAACCAUGACUCCUCAGGUCCAGGCCAGUCAAUGGACCAAAUACUGACUCACUGGUAUGCCUCUCGAAUGCUGCAUUUGAGAUACAGCUUCAGACAAGCAGUAGAGUGCAUCGAACAAGGGAAGAAUAGGUUCAGGUUCAGGGGCUGUGGCUGGAAAAAGGAUGAGCAUCAACAAUGCAGUGAUGAAGAGAAAGUGUGGGUCAUCACCAUUGAGAAGCUAUUCACAGACCUCUUUGGCCAUGAUAAGCUAGCAUACCACUACGACAAGGAUCACGGGACCAGUGUAGAUGAGACCUGUGCACCAGACGUUGUGGCUUAUGAUCAUGAUGAGUGAGAGGACAACUACUCCACCAUUUUGAGAAAGGUAAAGCUCCCUCCAAGGAAAAAGAACAGGCUACCAAAAAUGGCCUCUUUACCUCCAUCUGUGCCUGUGUGCCCACCGUCUGCGAGCACACCGCCCGUGAGCACACCGCCCGUGAGCACACCGCCCGUGAGCACACCGCCUGUGAGCCCACCGUCUGCGAGCCCACCGUCUGUGGGCCCACCGUCUGUGAGAGCACAUCGCCCGUGUGCCCACCCUCUGCAAGCACACCGCCUGUCUGCCCACCCUCUGCGAGCACACCGCCUGUCUACCCACCC